AUGUCCUCCCUCACACUCUUCAACUGGCUCACAUCCGAUGCUGCACAUGUGGCGUACAUCGCGCCGUUCAAUGAAGAUGAUUUACCAAAUGAAUAUGAACACUCAAUUCAAUUGGAAGAAUUAGUAGAAAAUGAGAAUGAUGCGAAUGAAGAAAUUGGUGAUCUAGAUGAAAAUGAAAAUAGUGAUGAACCUUUCCUUGAUGAAAAUGAAAAUAUUGAUGAACCUUGCCAUGAAAAUGAAUGUCCCGAAACAAGAUUUGAUUUGAACAUUUAUGAUCCACGAGUUUGGGAUAAUCUUGAUGCAAAAAUGAGAGAUUUACUUGUAGAAAAAGGUCCCCUAAGAGAAACUAAUCUCAAAUUCCCCAUGGACGAACACAAUAGACAUUUUUCUUCAAAUUAUUAUCUUCGUACGUUACCAAAUGGGGAAACUAAGGAUCGAAAAUGGCUAGUGUACUCAAAGGAGUUGGAUAAAGUGUUUUGUUUCUGUUGUAAGUUGUUUAAAACAAUGAAUUCUAGAAGUCAGUUAACUAGUGAAGGAAUUAGAGAUUGGAAACAUCUUGGUGAGAAGCUUAGACAACAUGAAAGCAGUAUUGAACACCUCACUAACUUGAGGUCUUGUGUUGAAUUGCAAAUCAGAUUGAAAACAAAUCAAACAAUUGAUACAGAAUUACAAGAGCUAAUCAAGAAAGAUACACUACACUGGAAAAAUGUUAUUGCUAGAAUCAUUGUUGUUGUGAAAUGUCUUGCUAUACAUAAUUUGGCUUUUCGUGGAACAAAUGAAAAAAUUUAUGAAGAUGGUAAUGGUAACUUUUUAGGCCUGCUUGAAAUGAUUGCAGAGUUUGAUCCAGUAAUGCAACACCAUUUUCGACUCAUUCAAGAUAAGAAGAUUCAUUAUCAUUAUCUUAGCCAUAAAAUUCAAAAUGAGUUGAUAGCUAUUUUAGCAUCAAAUGUUAAACAUGCAAUCAUUGAAAAAAUAAAAACAGCUAAAUAUUUUUCUGUCAUUCUUGAUUGUACUCCUGAUGCAAGUCACAAAGAACAAAUAACUUUAAUAUUGAGGUGUGUAGAUGUUUCAAGUACUCCAAUAAAUAUAGAAGAGUACUUUUUAGAGUUUCUGAAUGGUGAAGAUACAUCUGGAUUAGGACUUUUUAAUGAAUUGCAAAAUGUAAUUGAGUCCCUUACACUUAAUAUUGAUGAUGUGAGGGGACAAGUUAGUAAAAAGUUACAAUCUGAAGACAUGCGUCUUGAUGCUGCUGUAAGACAAUUAGAAGGACUUGUGUUAUUUUUGCGUCUUGAUGCUGCUGUAAGACAAUUAGAAGGACUUGUGUUAUUUUUUGAAAACUAUAGAAUAAAUGAGUUUGUUUCUGCCAUGAUUGAUGCUAAACAAAUGGUCCCUUGA